AUGUCUAACUUGCAAACUCCCGAUGCACGCACUGCGCUUAUACAAUCUGUUAUCUCGCGUCACUCGCAGGCGAGUCCGGUGAGAGUAUCCCCAAGCUCCCCAUUGCGGAGACCAAGCCGCAAUUUCAACGUGCAGGGCUUUACUGGCCACCGAAAGCAGGCAGCUAGCCCUAGCAAGCGUAAGGUGCGCGAAGACAACAUUGCCUUGGCGAUUCGAGGCAGAACGAUCUAUAAUUCACGGAUCAACCCCGCUACAUCCAAGACAAGCAGCCCAUGGAAGAAGCUGACGAAGCCAACCGCUCCCUCAUACGAACCCCUUGGAACUGGCGCACGAUCGCAAGCGAAAACGUUGUCUCUGGAUAUUUUACAACGAAUGGAAGCCGAGGAAGAACAUCUAGAGAAGGACCAAGGUUUCCUGGUGGAAGCCAGAGGUGACUCGCCGAGCUACCAGGCGAAGUCUCCCUGGAUGGGCGUCUCUGAGUCUGAUGCAGACUACCACAUGCGGAGGGGCAGUGAACAAGGCACACCCUCGGACAUGGAAUAUUCCCCAUCUCGCUGGAAUGCGCCGAAAUUUAACUCAGGGGAGGGGGACUGGGAGAUGAUGUUUGACAUGUACAUCAAAGAACAGGAAUGUAUGGAAGCUAUAAUGCUUUAG